AUGGAUUAGAGAUAAGAAAAUUAUAAAGAAGUUAUAAUCGAUUUGAUGUAAAAUAACUUUAUUUAAUAGAUAUAACUUAAAAUAUAUUUUAAAUGCAUAUUUAAAUAACAAGAAUGUUCCUCCAGGCCAUCCAAUAUAUAUUUUAGGACAAAGAAUAGAUAUUGAUGAAAAUAAUAUUGAAGUAAGAAAAUUUUUUUUAUUACUUAAGGAUCGAAUUGAUAAAAUUAAGUAAUUAGUUUCAGAAACUAUUUGGAUUACAUAUAGGAGAAAUUUUCCACCUUUAUAUUGUAAUUUAUCAAAUAAUUUUUAAGAAUCAAAUUAUAUUUCAGAUACUGGAUGGGGUUGCAUGCUUAGAGUAGGAUAAAUGGCUAUGGCUUAAAUGCUUAAAAAACAUUUUAAAAAUCAAGCAGAUAAAAGAGAAGAUGAUUAUGAUAAAAUUUUAUUAGCCUUUGCUGAUAAUGAUUCAGAAGAAUGCAAACAAUUUAUUGAAUUCUAGAAUAAAAUGGAUAAAUAAAAAGAUCAAAAUUUUCUAUGUCCAUUUAGCAUAUAAAAAAUAGCAUAUUUAGCCAAAAAAGAAUUUAAUAUAGAUGCAGGUGAUUGGUAUAAACCUAAUUAUAUUCUAUUUCUACUUGAAUAAUUGCAUAACACUAUACCAAUUAGAUGUAUUAAUUUAAAAAUAAUUAAUUUUAGCAUCUGAAAAUCUCAAAUUAUCAGUAUUUAAUGAUUCUUGUCUCUUUCUGGAUUAAUUAAUGAACACAAUGUUUGAAACUAAAUUUAAAAGUGAUUAAGAUCUAGAAGAGCUUUUAGAAAAGGAUUAAUUAAAAAGUAAGAAUAGUUUAGCCAUUUUUGUUUUAACAAGAAUUGGUUUAGAUGAACCUAAUUCUAGAUAUUUGCUUAUUCUAGACGAACUUAUGGAAUUACCAUAUUUUUAAGGUAUUGUUGGAGGAACUCCAAAAAGAGCAUUCUAUAUACUUGGAAAGAUUAAUGAUCAUUAUAUUUAUUUAGAUCCACAUUAUGUUUAGGAGUCUGAAAAUAAAGAUUAAAUUCAAGAGAAUAAAGUGUUAUAUCGAACUACUUAUAGUUGCAAAUAUAUCCAUUUAUUAAAUCAAAAGUAAAUGGAUACAUCCAUGGGACUUUCAUUUUAUAUUCACAAUUAAACUGAAUUGCUUCAAUUUUGGAGAAAUGUAUUAAAUUUAAUUUUAUUAUUAUAGAUAAAACUAAUAAAACAAAAAUAAGAGGACUUCUUUAUAUACCUCUCGAAUUUCACACCUGAAUUCGUAGAUUAUAGUAAUUAAUUAGAAGAGAGCAGCAGUAAACUUAAUGAUGAUGAUGUUGUAUUUAUAUAAUGA